GGGGCUCGUUGCGGAAACCCGACAGGCCAUCCGGGACUCCCCUCGGGGGGUCUUUAACUGGUAUUUGUUGAUGAACAUUGCCAUCUUUGCGCUCUCCGGAAUCAGUAGGGGGUUUGAUGAAGCGAAUAUCGCAUCGUUGGUCGUGCAAUCUCGGUUUCGGAUCAAAUUCGGGCUCGGCCAGCAAUCCCCCGACGAAUAUGCCAAUACCAAAGGUUGGAUUGUGUCCAUGUUCACGGCUGGAAUGACCUUGGGCUGUCUGCUAUGUUUACCUUUCAAUGAUCGAAUUGGGCGGCGGUGGACGAUGCGGCUAUCGACCCUAGUAUAUGUCUCUGGUGUCUUGGGGCAGGGCCUCUGUAAUGGAAACCUGUCCGGACUGUACGCAUCAAGACUGAUCGCGGGUCUCGGGGUGGGCGGCUUGACCGUGACCCCACCGAUGUAUAUCUCCGAGGUAGCCCCUAAGACCAUCCGCGGGCUCCUUGCAGUUCAAUUUGCCGCAUGCCAGCAACUAGGGGUCGUUUUUGGGUUCUUUAUCAACUAUGGCAUUACCAAAAACUACGAUGGAACAGAUAUGCAGUGGAUGUUCCCAACCUUGAUCCAACUGCUCCCUGCAGCAGUCUGGGGACUGGGACUCCUGAUCUGUGAAGAAUCUCCUCGGUGGCUGCUGUACGUGGGCAGGCGAACUCAGGCAGUAGCGGUACUUGCAAAGCUCCGCCACUUGGCCCCGAGCCACCCAACCGUAGUCGCAGAAAUUGCUGUCAUGGAAUUCCAAAUCCUGCAGGAGAGGGAAGCGGCCACGGGCACCUCACAAUGGGACCUAUUCAAGGAGACGUUUGUCCCGGUGGAGAACCGGCGUCGGUUCUGCCUCGUGAUGCUGGCACAUCUGUUUUCGCAAUGGUCCGGAGGCAAUGCCAUCACGCAAUAUUUGCCGACAAUCUUGGGAUACCUGGGCACGUCCGGGGAUACCUUGUCCCUAACCACGGGCGUCUAUGCCGUGGUCAAGUUCACCACCUUGCUGAUCUUCUCACUUGUAGUGGUGGAUUUUGUAGGCCGACGGCGGUCUCUUAUGGCGGGAAUCACCCUCCAGAUCCUGACGUUGGUGUACCUCGCUUGUUAUCUUGGGAUAUCCCGAGAGAUGUCGACGACGACCAUCCUGCACACGGCCAGCGCGACGCAGGCCUCGAAGGCGGCGAUCGCAGCCAUCUUUGUGCAUGGGGUUGGGUGGGUGAUCGGAUGGUUCUCGAUGCCCUUCCUGAUCGGAUCGGAGAUCUUUCCCAUCCGGAUCCGAUCGCUGGCCUUGUCGAUGGGGAUGGCGGGGCACUGGCUGUUCGCGUUUGGGUGCACGCGCGCGACGCCCGACUUGCUGGAGGUGAUGGAGGAGUGGGGAGCCUUUGCAUUUUUUGCGUGCAUCUGCCUUGUGUCGCUGGUGUACGUGUUCUUUGCGAUGCCGGACACAACGGGCCGAUCGCUAGAGGCACUGGAUGGACUGUUCCAACGACCGUGGUACACGGUUUAUCAGGUAGCGUAUGCGAAGGAGGAGGACGAGGAAAUCGAGGUGCAAGCGAUACAGGAACGGGGAAAGUCGGAAUUGGCGAUAGAAGCAUAAAGCAAGUGGGCCACCAUCGAUGGGUGAUAAUGGUGGUGCAACUGAUCCCAUCUUUUCUACUUUGUAUGUUGUAUCAUGAACCACGUGGGGGUUGUUGUGAGACUAGUAGAUCAAGAGUAGAACAACACGAAUCAUGGGGAACAAUGCAUAGCCACUCGGGUGUUCUGGUCGGGUAUAGGUUCAAUAAACUCUGGGGAGGGGAAGGACGCAUGCGAUGCGACUGCAACCCCAAGAAAGUAAGACAAGAAAGAAGACCCUGAGGAUAAAGAAAAAGAAGCGAUUGGUGGAGGAAUCCGAGAUACUUUCUGACCAGACCUUAACAGACAGUCACUUCAGGAAGGCCAGCCGAGCAGUGCGACCAACGGCUUUCCAUUCAUUGGCCUGCGGUCGAUUAAGCUUGGCCGGAGGGGGG